GCUGUAAUACUGCACAUCCGGGGCCGACCGCCUAGACCAAUGAGUAAGGCUCUUAGGGUCGUGGUGGCGGCCUGCAAUGCUUCUGGAUCCCGGAAGAGUCGAGGUUGCAGCUGUCGGCACGGAAAGGCACCCGACGGAAGGGCAACAAGCUUUCACUUCAGCGGACGACGCAGACAGUUAGUAUGGUGGUAUCUCCUCUGAUCUAGGUUCUGGUCAUGGUGUAGUAAAGUACACCGCCUCCCCAGAUUUGGGCGUCUCUCAAGCACGGGGCAGAGACGGCGAUGUCACGAUAUUGUGGUGGCUAUUUGGUCCUUGCCGGGUUUCCGCCGGAGUCGCCCACAUUGGCCCACAAUCUUACCCACCGGCGGCCUUUUUCAUUGUCUGUUGAUAUCAGACACGAGGUGGAUCUCACACUUUCCGCCUGAUAGCAGCUGCUCUACUCUACUGAGAGGACACGUCGUCAAGAGGACAUCCACCGCGAUCUCUUCGCGAAUGAAGCAAGUACCCUGGGUUCGACAACUCCCGACCUAUCGGUGCGGUAUCACCACAAAGCACUCAACGAUCGAAAGGUGCCGAUCAUGUAGAAUAAAAUACAUAGACCGCGAACGUUGACGAAAGACCGACGUGCUAAAGUGACCCCCAACACAGCAUUCCCAAACUGUAUCUUCAGAUCACCUUUUAGCAACGCCGCUUGUCUUGGAAAUAAAAAUGGCUGUUUAUCGUAAAGGAACGUCCACGUUACUAGUAUUACAUGGAAGCAUGCAGACGGAUCUCUCGUUGCUCCUCGAAGCAGAUAUCAGGGCCUAACGACGAGCCAUGUCUAUGGUCCGAAGUGUUCUGACCCCUCGGCGUCGAACAAGAGCUACUGAGCGACUGUUCUUCAUAGCUGUUACCAGAUGGAUCAGUGAAGGACCAGAUAUGUACUCCACCGAGAAUGCUUCAUGGGCUUACACUCGGCAUCUGCUCUCGGGCAAAGAACGACGUCGUUGCAUUGGGUGCAGCAGCUGUCACGUCUCCUCAAGGCCAACCGUCAUCAAACAACUCGGCGCCUAUUACAAUAACGAAAUGAGUAGCUUCGGAUGCUCAAUCCAAUCAUACCAGUUACUGCAUUACUGCAUAGCAAUAUAUCAGGCAAUAAACAUAACUUCUCGUUUGGAUAGACGUCAUAUCCCCGUGACUCUAGUCCAGCCUAGUGUCAGAUCUCGGUCUGCCGAGCGGCGUCUUUUGGUUCCUGCAUCCAUCAGCUCAGUUUGAUUCGAGAUACGGACACGUUCAUGUCGUGGUGGCCAUAGUCUCCUCCUCAUUUCGCCCACUUGAUUCUCAAGCGCCUAGGCGGCCGAAAUCUUCUUCUUUGUUUAGAAACAACGUGAGCGCUCUCGACGUCGUCUAGCGCCCGCCCACAUUAUCGUACGGGCACUCGAACGUUAUGCAAUACCAUUGGUCGUAGAUGGAUGCUUCCAUGCCGAAUCCCGGCAGAGUUUGCUGGAGAUGGAUCUCUCUGAAA